AUGGUGUGUCAGCUCUGGGAGUUGCGACACACCGCUCUGCCGAAAGGCGUAGAGGUGACGACAAAGCAUCGACUCCGGGAGUCGAUGCGACAAGUUCCGGGCUGCACGAAGCAGGGCGCGAUCAAGCCGGGCUUGAUGACGCGUGCCCGCGGGUACAAGAACCCGCCGGCGGUCGCCCGCAGACUAGAUUGUCUGCCGGCGGUAUCAAGGAACGUUCGUCCAUGGCCGGGCCUGGACGAAACGCAAGUGAAUCAGGGAUUCACAAGAAGAAGCGACGGCGCAAGCACAACAGGCUGCGCAAGUCUCGGUGAGGGACCGAGACCCUUCAUGACACAAAUGGCAACAAUGGUUGUCGAGACUCUGAACGUCUUGACGCGGGCCAGUACUGGAUAUCAGUACGAGAAGAUGGAGUUGGAGAACCCUCCGACAGAUGCGUCGGAGUUGACCUCGCUUCCAGUCAUGAGCUGGAAGCGCUUCGCAAAAGACCUGUACGAUGGACGCAUCGAACGGUUAUGCAUUCUUUCGGACCGCGAAAGAAUGACAAGCGAAACAGAAGAGUUGAGCGCCACUGAGAGUGAGGAUACUCUCAGUGCCAAGACGAAGAAGGAGCGCUUCAAGGAGCAGAGCUGGGACUCACUGAAGUCGAGUCCUUAUUAUGAGAUUCUGCGAGAGCACAGGGACGUGCUCCCGGACGAGAUCCCUGCGGAGCUUCUGCAGGUCAAAGGAAUACAGCACGAGAUUGAUCUCGUGCCGGGGACGAAGUACUGCGUGACCCGGCAGUGGCCACUGCCGCGGGAGCAAGUGAAGGCAAUCAACGACUUCUUCGAAGUCGUCGCAAUGCAGGACAAGAGCGGGAAUCAAAGUCCCGCACAGCGCACCAACGUUCUGUGUCAAGAAACCACAGGGUGGUUGGCGCAUCGUUCAUGCGUACAAUAA